AUUAUAUAAAAAAUAUAACUAGGUCUUGUGUUUUUUCCCCAAUACUUCAUAGAAAAUAGAACGAAUAUUAUACUGUCGCAUACGAAUGCAGGUAUAAGAACAAUAAUUGAUAAAGCACGACCUUUGUCCAUCAAAAUUCGUUUAACCGUAAAGUGUAAACAUUGUGGCUAUUGAAAAAAAGCCACUAUUAUACAUAUAGUGUUUACUUUUUAUCGUAUUCACGUGGUUCCAACUUCCAAACAAUAACAACAUGUUUAUGCAAGUCAAAUGUCUACUAAUCUAGAAUUAUCCAUAAUGUGUUUUGUAGAAUGGCAUAAGGACGUUCAAUCCCCAACGAGACGGCCAAUCGCAGCUCUCGCAGGUGCAUGUGGUGUGUAGCUAAACGAGACAUGUCGCUACAGGUCCAUUGCCGAGACCUUGGGUUUCCUUGCAUGCAGCAUGACUCAUCUGUGAGAUUCAGUUUGGUCAGUGGCCAGUGCAAAGAAACACGUCGUGAGUCGCUUACGGUCCCGUCGUCUUCUCUUCAUAUUUCUGUAUUCCGUUCGAGCCACCGUCAAUUAACCAUUAGUUUAACCGCCAGUAAAUAUAGACACUUCAUUUAUAUCUAUGUUUAUAAAAUUAGUCAUAGAGAUCAAUUUCAAUAUGGUACACAUUACCACAGGAAUAAUCAGCAUAUUAAUGGUAUUCAUUCUAGUAAUGCAAGGAAAUGUUUCUAAAUCAAUUCCAGAAGGAGCACUUGAUAAAAUAAAUCAAACUGAUACCGAGUGUCAUACAGAUACAGAUUGCUAUGGGCUUGAUCAAAAUACGUACUGCGAUACCUCUAUAAAUUUAUGUUCUCAAUGUGUUAACUGCAGCUUAUACUUCAGAAAACCUAAUUUGUCAAUUGAAUGCCCUAAAGAUAUAGAUAACUGUGGUUCAUGUCUAGAUGGGUACUUUGAAGAAGUUUUCUUUGGCGGAGAAGUUCGUGAAUUUUGUAUUACAAAAGUAGAACCUUCACUUCCAUCACCGGAGAAAAUCAGUUCAUCUUUCAACUGGUCAAAUAUAAGCAUAAUUAGUAUCAUUGUUAUGUUUUUAUCAUCUUUAUUAUGGAUUUAUUUUUACAAAGGAAAUCAUAGUGUAAAUCAUAAUGUACCAUCUAAUUUUCAAAAUGGUACAACACCACCGCCAUCAUAUGAUAGUUGUAUGAAAUUGGAUAAUUAUGUAACUGAUGAUGUGCAGGAGUUUCAUUUGUUCACUGGCGAGCAACCUCCUAGAAACGAAUGGAGACAUCAAAAUGCAGUACCAUUUAGAUUGGUAGAUGAUAAUAUUACAGAAAUGAAUGUUCGUGUAGACGAAAAUGAAAAUACUGAGGAAGUCGAUGGAAUAGAUGGAAGUAUUAUAAGAGAAAUAGAAGCACCAGAAUUGCACGACGAAGAAACUAUGCCAAGUGUUUGGUCUCCCCCACUGCCGGAACUAGUUGAAACAGAACAAUCUAAUUUGGAAGCAUCUUCACCACCAUCAAAGCGGAUCAAAUUGAUCCAACAACAGUCUGUUUAACUUUGUUAACAUUCAAACAAACAGUGAAGAAUGUGAGCGCUAACCUUCAUUCCACUCAGUACAAUUUAUAAUUAAGUCAACUCCUCUUAGUUUUACUCUUAGUUAAAAAUUAGUUUAAAACUUUGCAAAUAAUUAAUUACUUGACUUUGAUACGGGUGUAUGUAUAUCUAUAUUUUAUAAACUUGUCUUAAAAAAAUUCUUUAUAUUUUAUUUCCUCCUAUCUUUAAUUAUAGUGUAUAUUUUUUAUUGUUACUAUUUUUGUUUAAAUUUUAAUUUAAUUGUCUAAAGACUGAUAAAUGACUUGUUUAUAAACAAAAUUGUAUGUGAAGUAAGGUCUGUAACACAGAAAUGUGUUAGAUAAAAUCCUUCAUAACAUUAUAAAUUGCAAUAUAUUAUAGAAAUAAUAACUUGAAUAAAUGUUAUAUUGUGUUAUUAUAAUA